AUGGAGUUGAAUGGAGAAACCAGAAAGAGAAAAAGACUAACAGCUGGUGAUAAGCUAGUAAUUACACAAUACUACCUGGAUCAUCAAAAUGAAGGUCUUUCAUAUGAAGAUAUAGCCUACAAGUUCAAUAUAUCAAAGUCAAGUGUCGGCGAAUUAGUAAAAGGCAUUCAUCAAUUGAAAAGGGGAGAUCAAGGUUUAAAGAAAAGAAAGCCAGAUGCAUAUUAUUAG